GAUACCCGCCCGCCGGCGCCGGCUGCUGAAGGAAAAAAGGGCUGGCUGCUAGGAGGGAUGCUGCACCCUGAGCUGGGCUCGGCUCCGAGGAUUCAGGGCGCGAAGAGCUAAGUCCACCCGGAAAGCAAGCGGCGCUGCCGGAGAUCCAGACGUCCCCACCCACAGGGCUCCUCUUGUGGUCAUCCUUCCUCCCGGUUGGAACAGUCAGACGUCUCAUUGUUCAACAUGCUGCAGUUAAGUCUCUCACCCACUUUUUCAAUGGGAUUUCAUCUGUUAGCUAUGACAGCUCUCUUGUUUUCCCACAUUGACCAUAUAACUGCUGAGACAGAAACAGAAACAGGAGGAAAUGAAACCACUGAAUGUACUGGCUCAUAUUACUGUAAGAAAGGGGUGAUUUUGCCCAUUUGGGAACCCCAAGACCCUUCUUUUGGGGAUAAAAUUGCUAGAGCAACUGUGUAUUUUGUGGCCAUGGUCUACAUGUUUCUUGGAGUCUCCAUCAUUGCUGACCGGUUCAUGUCUUCUAUAGAAGUCAUUACAUCUCAAGAAAAGGAAAUAACCAUAAAGAAACCCAAUGGAGAGACCACCAAGACAACUGUACGAAUCUGGAAUGAGACCGUGUCAAAUCUGACCUUGAUGGCCCUGGGAUCCUCUGCCCCGGAGAUUCUGCUGUCAGUCAUUGAAGUGUGUGGCCAUAACUUCACUGCGGGAGACCUUGGUCCCAGCACCAUCGUUGGAAGUGCUGCCUUCAACAUGUUCAUCAUCAUCGCACUCUGUGUUUACGUGGUCCCUGAUGGAGAAACCAGGAAGAUCAAGCAUUUGCGUGUGUUCUUUGUGACAGCAGCCUGGAGCAUCUUUGCCUAUACCUGGCUUUACAUUAUUCUCUCUGUCAUCUCUCCUGGUGUCGUGGAGGUUUGGGAAGGAUUGCUUACUUUCUUCUUCUUUCCUAUCUGUGUUGUUUUCGCUUGGGUAGCAGACAGGCGGCUCUUGUUUUACAAGUAUGUCUACAAACGGUAUCGGGCUGGCAAGCAGAGAGGAAUGAUUAUCGAACAUGAAGGAGAUAGGCCAUCUUCCAAAACUGAAAUCGAAAUGGAUGGGAAAGUGAUCAACUCUCAUGUUGAAAAUUUCCUAGAUGGUGCCCUGGUUUUGGAAGUUGAUGAGAGGGACCAAGAUGAUGAAGAGGCUAGGCGUGAGAUGGCAAGGAUUUUGAAGGAACUUAAGCAGAAGCAUCCAGAAAAAGAAAUUGAGCAAUUAAUAGAAUUAGCCAACUACCAAGUCCUAAGUCAGCAGCAAAAAAGCCGAGCAUUUUACCGUAUUCAAGCUACUCGCCUGAUGACUGGGGCUGGCAACAUUUUGAAGAGGCAUGCAGCUGACCAAGCAAGGAAGGCUGUCAGCAUGCAUGAAGUUAACACAGAAGUGGCCGAAAAUGACCCUGUCAGUAAGGUCUUCUUUGAACAAGGGACAUAUCAGUGUCUGGAGAACUGUGGUACAGUGGCCCUCACCAUUAUCCGCAGAGGGGGCGAUUUGACCAGCACUGUGUUUGUUGAUUUCAGAACAGAAGAUGGUACAGCCAAUGCUGGGUCUGAUUAUGAAUUCACUGAAGGAACUGUGGUCUUCAAACCAGGGGAGACUCAGAAGGAAAUCAGAGUUGGCAUCAUUGAUGAUGAUAUCUUCGAAGAGGAUGAAAACUUCCUUGUGCAUCUCAGCAAUGUUAAAGUAUCUUCGGAAGCUUCCGAAGAUGGCAUCCUGGAAGCCAAUCAUAUUUCCACUCUUGCUUGCCUCGGGUCACCCUGCACUGCUACGGUAACCAUUUUUGAUGAUGACCAUGCAGGCAUCUUUACUUUUGAGGAACCGGUGACUCAUGUGAGUGAGAGCAUUGGCAUCAUGGAAGUGAAGGUCUUGCGAACAUCGGGAGCUCGAGGAAAUGUUAUCGUUCCCUAUAAAACCAUUGAAGGAACUGCCAGAGGUGGAGGGGAGGACUUUGAAGACACGUGUGGAGAGCUCGAAUUCCAGAACGACGAGAUUGUCAAAACAAUAUCAGUCAAGGUAAUUGAUGAUGAGGAGUAUGAGAAAAACAAGACCUUCUUCCUUGAGAUUGGAGAGCCCCGCCUGGUGGAGAUGAGUGAGAAGAAAGCCCUGUUGUUGAAUGAGCUUGGUGGCUUCACAAUAACAGGCCAACCUGUCUUCAGGAAAGUCCAUGCUAGAGAACAUCCGAUUCCCUCUACUGUAAUCACCAUAGCAGCAGGAUCCAGGGAUUUCCAAAUAAAAAGGAACACACUGUUGACUGUCUUACCUUUCCCAGAGGAAUGUGAUGACAAGCAGCCACUGACCAGCAAAGAGGAAGAGGAGAGACGCAUCGCAGAGCUGGGCCGUCCCAUUCUGGGAGAGCACGCCAAGCUGGAAGUGAUCAUUGAAGAGUCCUAUGAAUUCAAGAGCACUGUGGACAAACUCAUUAAGAAGACAAACCUGGCCCUUGUGGUGGGGACAAACAGCUGGAGGGAGCAGUUCAUUGAAGCCAUUACUGUCAGCGCUGGGGAAGAUGACGACGACGAUGAAUGUGGGGAGGAGAAGCUGCCCUCCUGCUUUGAUUAUGUGAUGCACUUUCUGACUGUGUUCUGGAAGGUCCUGUUUGCCUUCGUCCCUCCUACAGAAUACUGGAAUGGCUGGGCUUGCUUCAUCGUCUCCAUCCUCAUGAUUGGCCUAUUGACAGCUUUCAUAGGCGAUCUGGCUUCCCACUUCGGCUGCACCAUUGGCCUGAAAGAUUCCGUGACUGCAGUUGUGUUUGUUGCUCUUGGAACUUCAGUGCCAGACACUUUUGCCAGUAAAGUGGCAGCCACCCAGGACCAGUAUGCAGAUGCAUCCAUAGGCAACGUCACUGGAAGCAACGCGGUGAAUGUCUUUCUGGGAAUUGGUGUGGCCUGGUCCAUCGCUGCCAUCUACCACGCAGCCAAUGGGGAACAGUUCAAGGUGUCUCCUGGCACACUAGCUUUCUCUGUCACUCUCUUCACCAUUUUUGCUUUCAUCAAUGUGGGGGUGCUGCUGUAUCGGCGGAGGCCAGAAAUCGGAGGUGAGCUGGGUGGGCCCCGGACUGCCAAGCUCCUCACGUCCUGCCUCUUUGUGCUCCUGUGGCUCUUGUACAUUUUCUUCUCCUCCCUAGAGGCCUACUGCCACAUAAAAGGCUUCUAAAUGAACAAGCAGAUAUAGUAAAUUUAUAUAUACAUAUAUAAAACAGAAAAUUAUGUAUAAUGAACAGAGGAAACUGACAUUUGUCAUUGUUCACUUUCGCGCUGAUGGAAUCCAGCUGCAAGAGCAUACUCUGUACCAGGGCGGAAGUCAGAAACCAUCACCUCUUUUUCCCCAGGCAUCAUCGUGUUGAACAAGGCAUGGAGGCAGGGCCAUCUUGUAGCUCAGCCUAGAAAGACUGUGCUCUCUCCAAGUUCAUAAAUGGGUCAUGCUUUGAUUUGCUUUCUUGAUUUAAUUUUUUAUUUUGUUUUGUUUUUAAUAGGGUUGGGGAGGUGGCUGAUGGUUAGCUUUUGCUUUUAUUUUUGUUUUGUUUUGUUCAGAGCAUCGGGAUCUUACUUCUUAUGAGAGGUGGUGAUCCAGCCAAAGUAGAUAGGCUUGGGAUAAAUAUUGAAAUCAUUAAGAUUCUUUCCUCGCCUCCUCCAAAUGCUUUAAACAUUACUUUGGAUUAAGAACAAUCUGGGCGUGGAAGAAGAAAGAUGCACAUCUUCACUCUGUAACCACAUUGUAUGCUAACCUCGGUAAUGUGAGCAAGCAGAGGUGGAGCUGCCUCCAGGAAGACGCGUGGAAAAAGUGAUGGCUCUAGAUGUAGGCUGAUGCCUAAGGAUAUGCUGCCUGGCACUCUUGUUCAACAGGUACAGGGAUAAUGUGCCUAGAUUCCCGGGAACAUGCAGAACCCUUUAGUCCUUAUCUCUUCAGCUCUAGACUGUGAUUAGCAAGGCCCUUAUUCCUUCCAGCCCAGCUAACUCCCCUGAUAGCCCAUCCCCAACCUUCUCCUCCUGCCUACCCAUCCUUCUCCAGGCAAACAGGAAGACUAAUCCCACUCAAAUAGUCCAUCAUCCUUUCCAUCUGCAUCAACAUGUGUCCAGGUCCCAUGUUGCUGUUGCCUGGGAUGGGCCAUCAGUUUUUAUUUCAGAGGCAUCCACAGCUUGCACAGUCCUGUUCCUGUCAUGACUGAACAUUUGCUCCUCCUUCAUGUGCCUGUUUGGGAAUGUUGUUGUGAUACCCGUUACACAGUGCAUGGAUGAAAACAAAUAAAACAAAGCAAAGCGUAUAUCUGUAUAUAGUAGAGUAUAGCAAAUACUGUUCUCCCAUCAGCAAUGUUGAUUGGACAUUGAAGACACAAGUGAGUUUUCUUUUCACCUGAGUUGUUACUUUUGUGUUGUUACUGACUUGAUUAUUAAUAGGGAUAAAAGAAGACAAUGGCUUAUCAUUCAUGAAUCUGCAUGCUGAUUUCUAAGAAGCAAUAACUGUCAUGUGGAGGAUAAAUUAAAGUUAUGGAGAGGAUAGCAGGCAAACUACAAAGAUGUUCACGGAAUAGUAGCCAUGUAGAAUGCAUCAUAAGCCUCUAAGAAUCACCCAUUAGUUCAGGAAGGCUGAAGAGAAAGGCACUGGAGAGAUGUGGGUGCUUUCAAUGUGCCUGGAUUUUUAAAGCCACCAUUUCCAUGCUACCCCUUCCCCCAAAGUAUUUAUUGCACAUCUGCUCUGUCUGGCACAGGCGCUAGAUCGUGCUAGUUCAUUUUAUUUUUUUACGUAGAAGGCUGUUUUGAGCCCUAUGUCAUUCACUUUCCAGUCUAGAACCCCUGAAUUCAUCAGCAACAACUGAGUGGACAAGAAACCAGUGUGAUCAAUGGGCCUUUAGAAGUUGGUCUUCUUUAUGUAUUACUGAAAGGAAAGGAUUCAGUAGGACUGCAAGAUCACACUGGGGAGUUUUUAACACUUUGAAAAGAACAGCUCUUUCUAUUUAAAAAUACCAAAGAGAAAGGAUAACCCAACGUUCCAAAAUAGUGAUUCCAUUAAUGAGGGAAAAUGCAAUGGUUUUGCCCACCCCACAGAGACUUCUCUUGAGGUAUCUCUGGCCCUCUGAAUUGAUUUUAAGAUGCUUAAGAAAUAAAUGUUGCUGAAACUUAUUUUCUUCUUCCACUCGGUGAUCAUAACCAUUUUUUAUUUGAUAAACAUUUAGUGACUGAGUGAAUAAUUAAAUGUUGGUUGCCCAUUUAAAAGUUCAGGUAAGUGCUGCCCCCUGGGAGUUGUACAGUGACCAAGACAGCCUAGACAUCUGCCCGCAGGGGAGUAAGACAAUGAAUAUAAUUACUGUUCCAGGAGUAAGAGUUAAUACAACCAUGGUGAAGCAGUUUUAUCUUGCAAGCAAAAAAUAAUUCUGAUCUCUUUUUAACAUAAUCACAUUAAAAUUGUACAGCAAAAACAGUUGUCCAAAUAUCCAAGGUUUUCCUUAAGAGAAUGUAAAACAGCUUUGGCCAACUUGCAGAUAUACUCAUCAUCCUACUUUAGACCAAGAAAGGCAACCAUGGUGUUGAACCAAGUCGCUGAGAGGUUCCGUUAACCUGUGUUUAUCUAUGUGGCAAUGGCACUUGCUGGUAACUGCCCCUGAUCUCACAUGGUCCACCAACGUUAGUAACUCCUUAGGGGCACAUUCUAAUCCAUUCUUUUUGGGGUUUUUUGUUUUUAGAGUUAAAAAAAAUGGAAAGGUAGCAUAGAUAUACCAAGUAAAUAUAGUCAAGGGAUAUAAGUUGUUUAAAAAUUAGAAAGAUUUGCACUCAUUUUUAGCCAUAUUUUAAAUGUUAAUAAUCCCGUAGUGAAUUUUCGCAGAGAACUUCAAGAAAGCCUUGCUGUUGGUCAAUUUCAAUUUCAAAGCUUUUCGGUUCGUUCACCUUUUCAAUUUUCAUGCUUAGGGAAAAUAUGAUUCUGGUUGUUCAGGGUUGUUAUUAAUUAUUAUGUGUAAAACUGUUUCAUUUUUUGUUUGAUUGUUUUAUUUUGUGUGUAUUGUGCACGGCUUUAGGGGGAGGGCACUAGCAGUGGUGUUCCUUAUAAAUGGUACACAUUAUUGACACAGAAAAAUAAAGUUUCUAAUUGUUUCUGAUUUAAUCACCAUGACACAGCAUAUUCUGUCCUGUAUAAUGUUUCCUUUCCUCAUUGUCAUCUAGUUCAUUCUUGGUUGUUUGUUUUCACGUUUUGAAGAAAUAAAGACCAAAAAGGUUUUA